CUGGGAACCUCAGCCAGAGCCCAGGAGCCCCCCCACCCCCUGUAUAGGAGCUAAGAGAGACCUAACUCUGCUGACCUGAGAAUACACGUCUCCACUCUGGUUCAGUCCUCUGUCCCGCUGUUCACGGACAAUGAACCAGAAGACCACUCUGGUGCUCCUCGCUCUAGCUGUCAUCACCAUUUUUGCCUUGGUGUGUGUCCUACUAGCUGGCAGGGGAGGAGAUGGGGGUGAACCCAGCCAGCCUCCCCGCUGCCCCUCCGUGUCCCCCAGUGCCCAGCCCGGGACACACCCCGGCCAGAGCCAGCUGUUUGCAGACCUGAGCCGAGAGGAGCUGACGGCUGUGAUGAGCUUCCUGACCCGGCAGCUAGGGCCAGGCCUGGUGGAUGCAGCCCAGGCCCGCCCCUCGGACAACUGCGUCUUCUCGGUGGAGCUGCACCUGCCCCCCCAAGGCCGCAGCCCUGGCCCACCUGGACAGGGGGAGCCCCCCACCUGCCCGGGAGGCACUGGCCAUCGUCUUCUUUGGCGGACAACCCCAGCCCAACGUGAGUGA